AUAUAUAAUGUCAAAGUGGGCUGAAAGCAAAUACGAGGGAGAGCAACUCGAAGGUUGGUUUCAUGGAAAAGGCAAAUAUUACUUUAGCAAUGGAGUGAUCUACGAGGGAGAUUUUUUCAAGGGAGAAUUUCACGGAGAUGGAACUCUCAUAUUUCCCAAUGGGGUACAUUACAAUGCUUACUAAUAUUACUGUAGGGAUAAUACAAAGCCAAAUGGGAGAGAGGGAAGAUGUUGGAUGGAACCUAUUUUUUUGAAGAUCAUCUGAAAUACGAACCCAUGGAUUGGAAAUAUUGCAUUGGAGAUGACAGACGAUUUCAUUAAGAAAUCAAAUAGAGUAUCAAACCAGCAGGAAUCACUCAAAUGACCAAGGAUGACAUACUGAUUGAAAUCCCGGAAGGCACCUAUGGUAUGAAUUUUUGAAAUUGAAUUUCAGAUGUUGGUGAAGGUUAUUAUGAACCUGUAAAAUCCAUCAUUUACAGAUACGAUGGCUCAAUCUUAAGAACACCUAGUGAGCCUGAAGUUGAGAACAUCUUGAAGAAGUGCAGGUACAACCCUAAGAAGGACUUUAUCAUUGAUGGCAAAGACGAUAAAGUAAUUCAGAAAAUGACUCAGAAGUCUUAGUGA